AUGUCAACAAUAGCUUCUUCGUCAUCAUUGAUGACCAACGACUAUACUAAUGAUAAUAUAACAACAGUUAAAUUUUUAAUACAUUAUCAGCAACAAGCAACGGUUAUUUAUUUACCACAUAAUUUAACAUUAGAAUCAUUUUACAAUCAUUUAUGUUCAAUAUGUCAUUUAACAGUGACUGAUCCGCCGUCAUUUACUGUUAAAUGGCUCGACGAAGCAUUAGAUGCUAUAACAAUGUCAUCACAACGAGAAUUAAAUACAGCUAUACGAUUAUAUACUAAAAAUGGUGAUAAAGAUUUGCAUAUACAUGUUUUUCCUAGUCGUCCUGAACAAGCAGGACUACUAUGUCCAGGCGAAGACCCACUUAUAUAUCGACGUGGUGCACGUCGUUGGAAAAAACUUUAUUUAAUUAAUGGACAUCGUUAUCAAGCGAAAAGAUUUAGUACAACAGCUGCGUGUACUGUUUGUAACGAUCGUUUAUGGGGAUUAGGUAGACAAGGUUAUAAAUGCCUUGAUUGUCGAGUUCUUGUACAUAAACGAUGUGUAAAACUUUUACGUAUUGUAUGUGGUAUAACACCAACAGGUUCAUCUCCUUAUCAUCCUAAAAUAAUGGAUUCUAAUGGACGGCACGCAUCAGGAAGUAGUAUAACAAAUGGACAACAAUCAAUGUCAAAUAAAAAACCAAAUGAAAAUCAACAACAAAAUGGAACAAUAGAUAAAAUUGGUCGACAUAGGCCAAGUGGUGCUAGUGUUAUGAACGCUCGAGAUCCGAUGACUAAACAAAAAAUGUCAAAUAUUUGUGAACCUGGACCAUUAAAACGAGCACAAGGUCUUGCUGAUCUUGGUCAUUCGCCUAUGGAUGAUCCACAUGGUACAAAUAGCAAUUAUAUCGAUGUAGGUGGAGAUAUGCACGGUUCUUCAUCUGGGUCUCCGACAAUAAGUUUACAAGAUUUUGAAUUAUUAAAAGUAAUUGGACGUGGUUCCUAUGCCAAAGUCUUUUUAGCUGAAUACCGUCCACGACAUUCACGUAAUAAUCCAAAUAAUAAUCAGCCACCACGUUUAUACGCAAUGAAAGUCAUUAAAAAAUCUAUUGUUAAUGAUGAUGAAGAUAUUGAUUGGAUUCAAUGUGAGAAAAAUGUUUUUGAAAAAGCAACAAAUCAUCCAUUUCUUGUCGGUUUACAUUCCUGCUUUCAAACACCAUCAAGAUUGUUUUUUGUUAUUGAAUUUGUAACUGGCGGUGAUUUAAUGUAUCAUAUGCAACGACAAAGAAAACUUCCUGAAUCAAGUGCUAGAUUCUAUGCAGCCGAAAUAACAGUUGCUUUACAUUUUUUACAUGAACAUGGUGUUAUUUAUCGUGAUUUAAAAUUAGAUAAUGUUUUACUUGAUGCCGAUGGCCAUAUUAAAUUAACUGAUUAUGGAAUGUGUAAGGAAGGUUUAGAUUUUAAACGUGAUGAACGAACAAGCACAUUUUGUGGUACACCAAAUUAUUUAGCACCGGAAAUGUUAAGAAAUCAUGAUUAUAAUUUUAGUGUUGAUUGGUGGGCAUUGGGUGUACUGAUGUUUGAAAUGAUGGCUGGCCGAUCACCUUUUGAAAUAGUUGGUUCAGCUGAAAAUCCCGAUUUAAAUACAGAAGAUCGUCUAUUUCAAGUUAUACUUGAACAAUCAAUACGUAUUCCGCGUUCAUUAACUGUUAAAGCUAAAAAUGUUUUAGAAGGUUUUCUUAACAAAGAUCCACGAUCACGUUUAGGUUGUCGUUACGAUCCAAUAUUAGGUUGUCAAGCUGGCUUUCAAGAUAUAUGUUUACAUCCAUUCUUUUAUCCAGCUAUUGAUUGGCAACGAUUAGAAUCAAGACAAAUUGUGCCACCCUAUAAACCGAUUUUAACCGAAGAUAAAGAUCUUUCUCAUUUCGAUCCACAAUUUACGAAUGAAGACGUUGUUUUAACACCUGAAGACGAUGAAGUUUUAGCACGAAUACAGCAAUCGGAAUUUGAAGGCUUUGAAUAUGUUAAUCCAUUAAUUAUGACUGUAGAAGGCAAUGUUUAA